GGUUUUGAAUACAUGUUGAUAAAUAAUACCGACUUAAAAUAGCCAGUGUGUUCGGAUUUACGUCGAUCUUAUCCAGAAAGGCAAUACCAGCGGCAGAAUGGCAUCACAUAGAGUCCUGGUCGUCGCUGACGAGGGGCAGUUUCAAACAGAACUCGCAAACGCAGGGGCUAAACUUGUGGUGGUGGAUUUCUUCGCGUCAUGGUGUGGGCCAUGCCAGAGGAUAGCUCCAAGCUUUGAGCAGUUCAGUCGCACCUACCCAAAUGCUGUAUUCCUCAAGGUGGAUGUAGACCAGACGCCGGAUGUAGCUCACAGCCGAGAUGUCCGAGCCAUGCCAACUUUCCUGUUCUACAAAAACAUGACCAAAGUGGACAGCUUACAGGGGGCGGACCCUGCGAGCCUGGAGGCUAAGAUUAAGCAGCAUUAUGAGGGAGAGGAUGGUGUACAGGGAGACGCACCUGUCAAAGGACACGGAGAUUUGAAUAGUUUUCUGAACAAGUCAGGCUGUGAGUGUCUGAAUGAAUCUGACGAUCACCCGUUCACUCAUGCGAUCACUCAGAAGGGUGGGUACCUGGAAUCAGAUUGUGACGAGCAGUUGAUUAUUCACAUGGCAUUUAACCAGGCUGUCAAACUGCACUCGCUACAGCUGUUAGCGCCUGAGGAUAAAGGACCAAAGACAAUAAAAAUCUUCAUAAAUCAGCCCCACACUCUUGAUUUUGACCAAUGUGAAAACAUGGAGCCUUUGCAGAAGUUUGAUUUAACUCCUGAUGACAUGAAGGAAGGGGCUACAAUAGGCUUACGAUAUGUCAAAUACCAGAAUGUUCAAACAGUAACGAUAUUUGUGAAGGACAACCAGAAAGGUACAGAAACCACGCAGAUAGACUACAUAGCUUUUAUAGGAUCCCCAGUCUCUACAACGAACAUGUCUGACUUCAAACGGGUUGCGGGGAAGAAAGGAGAAAGUCAUUAGUGUCUGCCUGAGGACGUGACUGCCGGAGGAAUUUCCACGGGGUAGGGGAUGAGGGAUGUGGGGUUGGCGGAUGAGAGAUGUGGGGUGAGAAGGGAGGGAGGCUCAGGAUACAAGAACAUCUACUAUAACACGGUGGUACCUGGCAUCCACGCUGACGUCAUGAAGAAAUGCCAGCAGAUGUGAGAAGUAAGAUGUUUUGAUGGAACAGUUCAAAGUCCGACAGCAGUGCAGUUUCUGGCCGUCGUCGUACAUGUGUACGAGAUGAUGUAAUGUUUCGGCAAAAUGGAAUCUAUGUUGAAUAUCUCUUCAGAGAUUGGACAAUACAGGAGACAAAUCCAAACAAUAGCUUACACUUUUUAGGUGAGGAGUUGUUUUUCUCUGUUUCAUUUUUGGCAUUUCCUAUUUCUCGUUAUGUUUUUGCCAGUGAAUUCCUGUUGGUUAUAGCGCCAUAAGGGAACAUAAUUUAUAAGGAAAGUUACGAAAAGUUGGUUUAUGACGCUCUGCGAAAAUGGGCGCAUGCCUCACAUUGUUUAGCUCCAGUUUCCCUUACAUGGUAAAAAAAGUACUUUAUUUUUUCUGGAAAAUGCCAAGCAUAAAUCAGUACUCAAAGAUUGGGAGCUGAAGAUAUUCUGAAAACCGUUAGCCUGUUCACUCUAGCAGCGCCCAGAAUGUACAUGUGGAUUCCAGUCUAGGAUGGACUUCCGGAUGGGGUCACACCAUUUUAUGUCGUUGUUUUAGGGGAAGAUUGAAGCCUUUUCCAAUGUUAUGGGAGGAUUUAAAAAAAAUUAAAUCUGAAAAAUUUACGGCAAAGAUGGACUGUUUCCGUAAAUUUUUCAUGUUGAGGAGAUAUUUACCUGAUCUGAACGCCUUGAAAAUGAAGUAAAUAAUUAAGACAUAGUCUUUAAGAUUGUACAAAAUAAAAGAGAUGAACUUUCAGUUUUAUUUUCAUUCAUUUUGAUAUUUUUUGUUUUUAACAUUGGCUCGCCUGUAAUACACGCCCAAAAAUUUGUGUCGCCCGAGGUUAAACAGUAACUGAUGUAUGACGUGCAAGUGUCGAGGCUGUUUACACCAACGAUAGAAAUAUUUAAUUUUAAUAUUCAUGGUCAGCGCUCCUCUUUAGUAAACAAUGUUGUAUAAUUAAUUCCUGGAUUAAAUUAAAUCACAUGCAUGUCACGACGGUAAGAU